AAUCAGACGUUACGAUCUUCGCGAGUUGCGCAACGGACGUUUAGAUUCGGAAGCAUUGCUACUUUUGGCGCCAAGCAAGUAAAAAGCACGGUACAAUCGUAUUCCACGGCAAGUGCUGCAAAAUAUUAUGCCGCCAAGGAAAGCCACUAAACGAACCGCCCAAGCUCCUCCGGCGGGACAAAAGAGGUCCAAGCAGCAAAAAAAAAAGCAAGAUUUAACGUUGAAACCCAAUUUACGCCAAUCUAAUACAGGCGGUGAUAUACUUGCGUUUGGACAAGGCGAUGUCGGACAGCUUGGACUGGGAGAAGAUAUCAUUGAAAAGAUUCGUCCGGCGACUAUUCCUGGAUUUCAAGAUAUCGUAACCAUAGCAGCCGGCGGCAUGCACAAUGUUUGCCUGAGACAAACCGGGGAAGUGUUAACGUUUGGAUGUAACGACGAAGGAGCUCUUGGAAGAGAUACGUCCAAAGAAGGCUCGGAGACUAUUCCAGGUUUCGUCGAUUUACCUGGUAAAGCCGUUCAAGUAACAGCCGGUGACUCCCAUAGUGCUGCAUUACUAGAAGACGGUCGAGUUUUUGCGUGGGGUUCUUUUAGGGAUUCACAUGGCACUAUGGGAUUGACGCUAAAAGGAAAUGAAAGACUUCCAAUAGAAUUAUUACCUAAUGUUAAAGUAGUUAAAGUAGCAUCGGGUGCUGAUCAUUUAGUAUUACUUAGCGAAUCUGGAAAUGUAUAUACUUGUGGUUGCGGUGAACAAGGUCAACUAGGACGAAUAGCUGCUAGAACGGCUAGCAGAAAUAGUCGUCAUGGUAUAGGGCCCUUGUUAACACCCGGAAUAGUUGAAUUUAAAAUUACGAAGAAAUUAGAAUUCGAUGAUAUAUGGGCGGGUACAUAUUGUACAUUUUUAAAAGAAUAUAAUAAAGGAGACAUAUAUGUUUUUGGUUUGAAUAAUUAUUAUCAAAUUGGUUUAAGUGAGCCUGCUACUCACUUUCAUCCACGAAUAUCGAAAACUUUUAGUGGGAAAGUAUGGAGGCAUAUCAGUAGUGGUCAACAUCAUACUAUCGCUUUAGAUGAUAUAGGUCAAGUUUUUGUAAUGGGUCGUAAAGAAUACGGUCGUCUCGGCCUUGGACCUAAUUGUUCAGACGCUAAAGAAUUAACUCUAGUUUCUGCUUUAAGUUCUAUGAAAUGUAUCGAUAUUUCGGCUGGUAGUGCACAAUCUUUUGCAGUAACGGAAUUAGGAGAACUAUACGCGUGGGGAAUGGGAACAAGCGGACAGCUAGGCACAGGAGAAGAAGAAGACGUAGAAGAACCUGCACUAGUUAAAGGAAAGCAAUUAGAAGGCAAAACGGUAGUACGAGUUUCUGGUGGUGGACAACAUACAUUAAUUUUAGCGAUAACUCGCCCAGUGAAAGACAAAACUGCGGGUUAAUUGAAAAUAAUGUAAUAUUUGCAUAUAUCAUCACACAUGUGUGAUAAAAGCUCGGACAACGAAGGACUAAAAAUGUGUGUAAAUUAAAUGUGCCUAACAACUUUACGACGAAAACGAGGAUAUGGUUAAGAUAAUUUUCUCAAUGCAUUAAAAUUUCAUCGUUGAUACAAGAGAAAUUUUGAGAUUUAUAUAUAUAAUGCAUUGCUGUCAGAAAUUAAA